AAGCGUUAGAACACGUCCCACAUUUCCAGCAGUUUGGGAGCUGAAUCAUUCAUAUUCAGAUGUAGAAGAUCCAUAACAAUAACUGUGACUGAUCACAUCCUUUUAUCCUCUCAGCUACAACUUCACACUUUAACAUCUUUUACAAUCCAAAGUCAAAUCCUUCAGCAUCUACACACAACACAGAGAUAUCAUCACAUCAUCACACUGAUUACACAAAUACACAUCCAUGUGUUACAGAUGUUUAGAGAUUAUUUUUACCUCUUUAAUUAUGUCGCUUUGUAGAAGCCAACAUUCUGUUUUCCUAUUUAAGCUUAGACAAAAAUUUAUAAAAUUUAAUGCGGCCUAGGGCUUUCGAGCCACAUGCACCAAAUUCAUAUAUGUUUUAGUCCCUGGUCUGAAGUUUGUUGCUGUUAUUUUUCUAGGCGAUCCGAGGACCGGUACUUCCGGUACCGGGUCUUAAAAUGGCCUUUUUUCCAUAGACUCCCAUUAUAAAAUUUGGAGGUUUAUAACUCGGCACACUUUUGAACUAUCUACACCAAACUCGACCAGCUCCUUUAGGGUGAUACUCUGAACAAAGUUUUAAAUUGGUGUACCGACUGGCCUUUCGGUUGUGCCGCAGCCCCGCCCCCAAAAUAUGCAAAAUCAAAAAACUUUUUAGAACAUGGACAUGUGACAUAUCAAAACACUCACAACAAUGAGGGGAAUUCUGAUGACGUCAAAUGACGUCACGUGAUGCACGUGAAAAUAAAAAACUUUGCACAACAUGGGCAUGUGAUAUAUCAAAACACUCAGCCCAAUGAGGGGAACUUCCUCAGGAGUAUUCGGAUGACAUCACAUGCUCAUCUCCACUUGCCUCCAAAAGUAACACUGUCCCUUAUGUCCACUCGCCUCCAAAAAGCACCGGUCUUUGGGAAUACUUGCCUCAUCAAAGCCAACAUCAAAGUUUGUCACGACGAACUUUACAAAUCUAGUUAAGUAAUGUUCCUUUAAGAAAAUGUGAGGUGAGUUCAUUGCUGACCAAUCAGGAGAGCAAACACGAAGCAAGCGGAUGACGUCAGCGUCUAGCGCGAAAACAGAGAGAAGAGAGAUGAUGCAACAUGGAAAAUACUGAAAAGUUUUGUGUCAACAAUAAAAUUAAGGUGGUGUCUUACAAAAUUCUACAUAGGAUUUAUCCUGUUAAACAUGUUUUGGAAAGAUUUAAGCUUAAUAUUUCUUAUGCUUGUGAAUUUUGUGGUCAGGAAAAAGAAACCAUUUUGCAUCUGUUUUAUCAUUGUAUCUACUCAAGACUUUUUUGGAAAGAUAUGGAAAAUUAAAUUAGUAGAAAAUUGGGUUGUGUGGUAGAAAUUGGUGUAUGUGAUGUGUUUUUUUAUUUUGAGGGAGAUAAUUUGGAAAAUAAUGAACAAUAUAUUAUACAGCUAUUUAUUGUAUUAGGAAAGAACCAUAUACACAAAACAAAGUGGGCCCUUUGUAAACCAAAUCUGUCCCAUUUUAUAAAUGAUUUGAAGUUAUACAGUAAUCUUUUGGAGAAAGUAAAGAACAAAAAAGCUCAGAAAACGUGAUAUUUUAAAAGAAUUCAUUUUUUUGUAAUUUUUUUUUCCUUUUUUUUCCUUUCUUUUCUGGUAACCUAUGUGACUGAUACCUCUUGUUUGUGUGGCAUUGAUUAAAAUGUGUAUUUUGUGUUUGUCAUUUUGCAAUAAAAAAAAAAGAGAUGAUGCAAGUAGAAAGCUUCUGAAAAUAUAUCACUGAUUGUGAGCAAAAUGCAGACAAAAAACGUUUUGAAAGACUUUGGUUAACCUUUGAACGGGACUUUAUUUUAUUUUUGAGUCAUUUUGAGUCAUUUUAGAGUGUGUUUUCCCAUGUGAACACGGCGAUGACACAUACAGAGUUCAUCACCUCGUGGAAAAUGGCGGCGCCUCUCAGCGAACUUUUAUUUCAAAACGACCAUCGAACGUUUUCAGUGGAUUUACUGCUAGUUUUCCCCAGAAGGAGGAAAAAGAAAUUGUGAGUGAGCGGAAGUUGAAACUGUUUUUUUCUCUUUUUCCCCACAUUAUUCUGUCAAUACGGCAGAAGAAGGCCUGGACUGUUGCAUCUAAAUUUCAUUCGUUCUGGACGAUUGUUUUUUUCCCCCCUUUUUAAUUCAGACUGGUAUUUGAAGAAACUACUGAACCUAUUGGUGUUUGAACUACACAUUGACAGUUGAAUUGUUUUUUUUUCCUUUUGUCAUUUAUUCAGUCUUGAUUUAAAGAUGAUGUCUUUUGGGUGAUACAUUUGAAAUGUUUUUGCAAUAUUUUUAUUUAUUGUUGAAUUGAAUUACACAUUCAAAGUUAAAGCUACUAGGUGUAUAAAGUUGAUAUAGACCAGUGUAGGUUUUAAUUAAGAAACUUAAAAUCUAACAUCAGUUCAAAUAAACAAUUAGAACACUAAAAGAUAAAUAGGAAAAAGGAAAAAUAUUAAGUUGCCACUUAAACUAAGUGUAUGUAUGAAGUGUAUAAACUAAGUGUACUAUGCAUUGAUGGCAUUAAGUACUGUCCAGAUGUAGUCGUUUCUGUUGGCUCCUGUUCAGGUCUUCCUGAUUUCAGGCAAAUUGUUAAAAUUGUAGUCAUCAACACAGAAGUUUUGUUUGUGUGCAAAGAGCAGACAGCGUGGUACACCGAGCAUCUGCGUUCCUAUGAAUUGUCCAGCCAUGUACCACUUAUGUCAGUCAUUAAGCUGUCUGAUUUGAAUGACUUGUUUCCACUGCCAACCUACAAAAUACAGGGCAGGAUAUUUGUUACAAUUAAACAUUUCAUCUUGUGCUGAAUAUUGUCUUGGGUCUAAUACUGAAAAUUGUGGAACGUGUCAAUCAUUUUUCUCAAAUUAUUUUUAGGUCCACAUGACAAUGGAGAUGAGAACUGUUUUAAGAGUUAUUGUGACUGACCAUGACAUUCACAAGGUCACGCUUCCUAGCAAACCACAAACCCUGGACUCCCUGAUUGAACAGCUUGGGCAGCAUCUUGAUCUUCCAUACACGUUCUCUCUUCAGUAUGAAGACGCUGAUUUUAACAAUGCACUUGUUAACCUUACUGACAUUGCAGAUUUACCUGAAAAGCCGACUUUGAAGGUAAUCUCUCUCGUGACAUCACCUACACCAGGCCAGGCCGACACCGACAUUAUUUCUGUUACCUCUCAUGAAGAGUCACCUCUUACACGCCAGGAUCCAUGGCCAGAAACAUUUGAAAUUCCCAGCUUUUCCGUGGAUGUGGAAUAUAGACUGCGCCAGGGAAACCUCUUGUUUAUGAGAGAUAAGACAUGCUUGAAAGUUCCCAGGGACAUGAAACAUGAAGUGCUUGAAAAGCUUGCUGAGGCUAUGUACAAAUUUAAAGCAUAUCCCCGUGAAGUAGAUUUCAAUGAUGUUGCAUCGGCACUUGUCAAAAAACAUCCAUGCCUUUUUGAACCAGGCUCCUCCACUGGAUGGAACGGAUGGAAAAACAGUAUAAAGUUUAAAAUGGGUAAUUACAGGAGCAAACUACAGAGAGCUGAAUGCACCGAUGUUCUUGUUAAUUCAAUGAAAAGAGGGAGCCAAGAUUCUCCAAGAAAUGUCAAGAAACCCAAACGAUUCGAGAUCAAUUUUCUACCCAAUAUGCCUUCUGGUGAAAGUGAAAGCAGCAUGGAAUCAAAACGAUUAGAAAUUGUGGAGGAGAUGAAGAAACGACAUCCGAGUUCUACACUGAUAGCACAGUACAUGGACACAACCUUUUCGCUAAGAAGAAAAGAGUUGGUUGAAAAGGAGCCUUCAGUAAAAGAGACUUUAGAAAGAUGGCCAGCACUCUUCAGGGAAAGUCAGAUUAUUGCAGAGUUCAACCGGAUCACAAGUAAAAACCUCAAGCAAGAAUUCUUCUCAGCCCUAGAUACACAUACUUCUCGGUUUCUGGAAGUUUUCAAAUCAAAGAAAGGCACAGCUGGAAAAAAGCUCUCGGAGUAUCUAAUGCAAAUGAAGUCUGCAAACAUCACAGAUGUCACUGCUCGACGGACAACAGUUCUCCGUGGUCUUGCUGUCCUUCUUGGGGAAGACACUACAGACUUCUUCAAAACAUGCUUUGACUGUGAUAUUGUUGCACCUCAAGUAUCGAUAGGAAUUCUCACUGUGGUGCCAGAGGACAGCCUGAUGUCUCCACAAGGUUUGCCAUUGGAGGUCACUGAUACAGCAAUAAUCUUGGAGGGUGUUAUAGCAAUGGAUGGACUUGAGAAUGUUCCACAUGCCAUGUGUCUUGUUUUUGGGCUGAUCUAUGCUUUAAACAUGGAGUACCCUUCACAGCUUAAAAACACUUUUGAGUUCAUUCAAAGGGUUUUUCUUUCCCUGGGGCACAAAUCUCUCAAACCAAAACUGCAAUCACUAAAAAAACUUACUGUUUUAAUGUGCUUUUGUGUUUCUGAUGGCAGAAACAAGACCAUGUUACUGUAGGUCUGUUGUUGCAUUUUUUUUAUUUUUUGAGUUUUAAUCAGUCACCUGCCAACCUGGAUACAAAACCAAAACUGAUUCAACUAAAAGCUUUGUAGUCAAGAAUUUGUCCAAUAUGUUUUUACAUACAAAAUAUGGAUACAAAAACCAAAACUGCAGUAACAACUUGUUUUUUCUGUUUUUCAUACGUUUGUAACAGCAGAAACAAGACUGUAGGUCUGUAUUUGCAUUUUGGGUGUUGUAUCCAGGUUGAUGGGUGACAAAUCCCUAUACCCACAACAAAAAUGUGUUUUAAUCAUUUAUCUGUGUUUGUAGUAACACAAAUGUUUUAUUGUAGGGUUGAAUUAUUAUAAUAAAAUGAUUGUUUUGACAACAU